AUGGCUGUCUGGUUAGUGGUCAAUCUAGCUGGCGCGCCCUACCAGCAACUCGGACCCCCUCCGGACGACGGCCCAUGGGGCGGCCAGAGGGUGGCCUGGAUCAUGCCCUACCUCUCCGCACCGUCGCUGCCAGCCUACGCCAGCCUGUUCCUCCGCACAGUGGCCGCCUCGUCGCCACACCUACAGCUGUUCCUCUUCUACGAGAACGCCACCAUGCUCCUCCCCGAAGUGGAAUCGGAAAACAUACACUACAUAAACAUCAGACCUGGCGAGAUCACUGAACGGCUGUGGAAGACGUUCCGGCAGGGAUUGGGCGAGGAAGUUGUAGGGGAGCAGGCGCUGAACGACUUGCGAAGAAUCUUCAAGGCGUCGGCUCGUUUACUGGGCAACUACAAGCCCGGGUACUCGCACUGGGCGUGGGGCGACAUCGACACGCUUGUGGGCGACGUGGGGCGCAUGAUCAAAGCUGAGGAUCUGCGCCAGUUCGACAUUGUCACCCUCAACCGGGGCAACGGGUUGCUCUACCUCUUCGGCCAGUUCACCAUCCUUGCCAACCGGCCCGAGCUGCUCGAGGCCUGGAAGUGGGUGCCCAAUGUGGUCAAUCUGGCGCUUUUGAAUAACACCGCAUCGGCUGAGUGGCUGCCCGAGGGGUCGCCAUGGGCGUGGGACGAGAUCAACUUCUCCAACUGGGCCAACUACAACAGCAGCCUCUUCGUCAAGAUGCUGCCGGUCCAGAUCUGGGGCCAGGAGGGCCACAACGACCCGGCCUGGGUGCCCAACCACACCCUUAUCUGGGCCGACGGUCGGUUGCUCGUUCACUCCACCUCGCCGGAAAAGUGGGAGCUGCCUGCCCGGGUGGAAGCACCGCUGCUCUGGCAGGGCACUUGGGAAAGGCCGGGCCAGCGACCAGGCCCCUACAUCGUCGAGCGACGUGGAGCAAACGACAACACGGUCUGGUACGGCUCGAACCACGAGGCGGCCGGCUAUGACCAGCGCACGCAGGAGUAUGCCCUCUUCCACUUCAACUACGAACACGAGUUCAAGAUACCAAGCGAUCUGGCGGCGACGAGGGAAUCGGAGCUGUCAGCGGAGGGUCGAGAGGAGCUGCGAGCGCUGGUCAAGGCCCCGCGGUUGACCUGGCGCUACAAGCCGUUCGACUUCUUCGCCGCGCCGCCGUGCGACACGCCCGGAGGCGGACAUUGCCCCCAGGCCCCGGCCCACGUCGCCGACAACAACGAAGAACACGACAACGAAGAACGAACGCGAAAGCGCGCGCAGGCCUCUAGUGAACAAGCCCAGGAGGGAACAAACAUUGUUGCGGUCGGCGUCGUUUGA